GACAUAAUAUUAGAAUCGAUUUAUUUCAUCACACUACAUCAAAAUCCUCAAAUCCAUAAAUUAGAAUUAAAAUAUAAAUUGAACAGUAAAAUGAAGUCCGAAUCCGUAUCGGACCUAUCAACUAGCUCAGAAUUUAUCCAGAGUAGCGUGAAUGCAAUGAUGCGAAGGACGAAAAGUUGUCAUUCAUUAAAACCGAAGAAAAAUCAAGUUCUAAUUUGCAUCUCCGGCCAAAAAUACAAAAUCGUUACUGAAAUCGCUAGAGAACUUCAGUGGAAAUUGACAAAUGAGCACAAUUUGUGGAAUAUAUUUUGGACUGAUUCGAUCAUGGGUGUGGGUUUUUGCUUGACGAUGCAACGUUUUCAGAAAAUAAAUCAUUUUCCUGGCAUGAUGGAAAUCUGCCGAAAAGAUCUGUUGGCGCGUAACCUGAACAAAAUGUUAAAAGUGUUUCCGGAAGAGUAUAACAUCUUUCCUAAGACUUGGUCCUUACCGUCCAACUACGCAGACGCGUUAAAUUAUAGUUUGAAGCACAAAAACAGAACCUAUAUAAUAAAACCAGCGGCUGCAGCCCAAGGCAGAGGAAUAUACCUGACGCAGAAUCUUAAAGACAUUAACAUGGACGGAAUGAUUUGUCAAGUUUAUUUGAAGAAACCUCUGUUGAUUGAUGGUUUUAAGUUUGAUCUUAGAGUUUAUGCUCUCGUUACAUCACUUGAUCCACUGAGAAUAUACAUUUACAACGAAGGACUGACAAGAUUUGCAACAAAACCAUACGCCCUUCCUACGAAAGCAAACACCGGGAACGCGUUCAUGCAUCUAACCAAUUACUCUCUUAAUAAGCACAGCGAAUCGUUUUCGAGCGACAAAGAUAAAGGAAGCAAAAGAACCUUUUCGAGCUUAAACCGAAUACUUAGCAUGAACGGAUAUGAUGUCCAGACGUUAUGGAAUGAAAUCGAUGAAAUUGUGGUCAAAACGGUGAUCAGCGCACUACCUGUUCUGAAACACAAUUAUUCCGCAUCCUUUCCGCGACACGACGUAAUGCAAGCUUGCUUCGAAAUCUUAGGCGUUGAUAUUAUCAUCGAUGAACAUUUUAAGCCUUGGUUGCUGGAAGUAAACCACUCGCCGAGUUUCUCCACUUCAGAAUACGUUGACAGAAAAGUCAAAUCAGGUCUGGUACGCGAUACUUUUAAUUUGCUCGGUGUCAACGGCACGGACAGAAAAAAUGUUUUGCGAGAUGAUCAGAUCAGAGUAAAGAAGAGGAUGACAAAGCUAAUCAGACAUCCGAAAGAAAAGCAAUCUCUAAGAAAUCGUCGUCAAGUCCAGUAUGCAAACGAGUUGAAUGAAACACGAGCAAAUUGCGACCAAAAGCAAGCUGAAUGGGAGGCUAAUCACUUGGGAGGAUUUCGAAGAAUAAUACCAGUUGCCGGUAACCCUGAAAAGUACAGAGAUUUGAUCGAACAUCAGAACACAACGUCGGUGUACAAAGAGACCAUAUCUACUACACAAAAGAGGCAAAGUGCUGCAAUGCAAAGACGUGCAAUCAGCGCAAACGCAGUGGCUCCACGACCGAAACCGAAGAAAAUUGGUUCUGAUAUUCCGAAAAAUCAGUUUAAAUCGGUUGACAUUGGUUUUUUGCCCAACACAAUUGCUGAUUGGGAAGAGAAGGAAAGGAAAAUGAUGAUGGCCAGUCGAGCAUUUUUGGUAGAGAGUUGUGGAAUAAGAUCUGCGAUUCAUCGGGAUUUGAUGUUAAACAACUGCUUAUGCUAGCAAUACAGUAACGAAACACUUUGCGUGAGUGUAACUGACGUACUUUGAAUCAUAUUCCGUUAUUUGAUUAUUUAAUAUUGUACUCGAACAGUAAUUCUUUAAAUAAAUGUGCAAGGAAACUUAGAGCAGCACCAA